AUGGCUGGCCCGACGCCGUCGACCCCAUUCCGCUUUCGCGACCUCCCCGGAGAGAUACGCAACAAGAUCUAUCGUAUCGCAUUAUGCAGCUUCAGCCCACCACCAACUACCGUCACGAUACAGCCCUCGUCCUUUCUCACCGCGACACUCGCAGAACAUCAGGUCGAGACCGCGAUACUGCUAGUGUCCAAAGAAACAUACCGUGAGGCCUAUAGUGUCAUGGUCAAAACCAAUCGCUUCGUAAAGGUCACAUCGUCGCGAGGGCUUCCCAUGCGCCUUGCUAUGGCAGGCCAAGCGGUCCGGAUGAUCGCCAUCGACAGAGACAUUGUUGAUAGAUUCAAGGGAUACGUGCUUGGUGUGCACAUUGGUUUCAAACAACCACGAUUCGCUCGUUCCCCACAUGACUCCGAGAGUCUACGUGAACCUGUCACCGCGAUGAUCCUUUACAGCGAUCUGGACCGGUUUUGCAAGGCAUUAAACGAUGGGGACUUACAUGAUCCGGGGUUCAGCGAAAAGAUCAAGAUCUCAAUCACCAUGGCGCCUGUCUUAGACGUUGCGUCAAGUAGCACACUAUCACCCGACCUCAACGAUUUCUUCACCAAGAAGACGCAGGAAACGCUUUUCAUGCCGUUCAUGGCCAAUUUGUUUGGAUACGGGGCCGUCGAAAUUAGUGGCCAUGUCGACAAUGCUCUGGCAGCUACCGUUCGUCAAAGUCUUGGGCAAGACAGAUGUUUCAAUCCGGCGGCUGUUCUCGCCGAGUUUGCGGCCGCGAAAGAUCGCGGGUCACAACAGUUUAAAGACCGCCAAUUUGAGGAGGCCGUCAUUGGUUGGCAGGACGCCGUUUACGAUCUAGAGCAGUUACGUGAUUCCAGUUCCUGGCCAAAUCUAAUUCGCAAGGGAGGUGAUGCAUUCGUUGAGGAAAUCGCUCCGCUAUAUUUCUUGAUGCAGCUCAACAUCGCCCACAUUCAGAUCGCGAAUAUGCAGAAGAACGCGUUUGGCGCCGAGCUAUUGGCCGAUGGCGCGCUGAACUCUGCAACUCGGUCGUUGAAGCCAGGCUUCUGGAAACCUGGUUACAAGUACAGACCUUCGCUUCAGCAGUUCGCCAAGCUGCGCUAUCGGUACGCAAUGUUCAUGAGGCUGGAAGGAAACCCACAGAAUGCGAAUCGCGCUUUGAGCUUCAUCGACAAAGCUCUCGUGUCUCAGCCGGGUGACGGUGUACUUCUGAGAGAGCGUGAGAACAUUCUGGGGUGGAUACAACGGCUCUGA